ACUUGGAAGUUCCGAUAAGGGUCUGUGCCACCAGCGCUUAAGUGGCGGUGUAGCAGAGCAGAGCCACAAGGAUAAACAAGCAAGAGAUGGAGAAUAUAACAGCAAGCGAACUGGCUGGAUUUGGGGUUGGCACACUGCUAUUAUGCGCCACCAUUGCUGCCCCAAGAGUUGAUGCCUUCAUCUCUGCCUCCCAGCGCAGUUCUUUGGGUAUGUGCAAGAGAUGCGGCAAUCUGAGGAUGAUAGCGUGCUCAAAAUGUAAAGGAGUUGGACGAGUCAAUGGUGGACCUUUUGGUUUUAUUAUUGACAGUGACUUGUAUCGAUCACUUGGAGAUGGUGAGUCGAAGGUGCAAUAUUCCAUUUCCUGCUCUAAAUGUCAAGCCAAGGGCCAUUUCUCCUGCCCUGAUUGCACUAAAAUGGCAUCAGUUUGAAUUUUCUCAGGUCAUGUGAAAGCAUUUCAUGACUUUGGAAACUUUAAUUUGGAAAUAUGUAAUAGCAUUUCAUUUAUAAAAAUUGCAAAAUCUAUUAUA